ACGUGCGUCCAGGAACAGAAUAUUUACAGCUGGAUUGGUUUGAAAGGACUCUGCUGCCUGUAAAAAUCGGUACAGUUCUCUGUACAGCUUGUAAUUUUUGUAUAUUUACAUAAAUCUUCUUGCAAUCGAUUGCUAAUAACAAUCAUUCUGCUGAAAUUAACUUAUUUCGAUUUUUUACCUGUAUAAUGUGAUUGGACAAGGCCAGUUUGCCAGUUGCCAUGAAGGUGUGACCAGUGACUCUGAAUCUGCUAAUGUUAAGAGAUGCUGUCUGAACCAACUCACUGUGUUUUCCAUGUACCGCAUUUGAUGAUUUGACACUGACUCUGCCUCUUUUUCCCAGCUCAUUUGCUUUUGACAAGGACUCCUCCAACGAGCAGAGAGAUGGCAAACUCUUUCACACGCUUGAUCUCUGGCCGCAACACUGCCGUGCUGUUGGCCAGCUUGGGCGCAGGGACGAUGGCGACCGGCUACUUGUUGAGCGAGAACAGCUCACUGGCUGCUGAGGCGAAGAAGAUGCUUUAUCCUCCAAGCUCUGACUUCCCUGACCUGAGGAAACACAACAACUGCAUGGCCUCCGCUCUGACUCCAGCUAUUUACGCCAGACUGAGGGACAAGGUCACCCCGAACAACUGGACCCUAGACCAGUGCAUCCAAACUGGAGUCGACAACCCAGGGCACCCUUUCAUCAAGACGGUGGGCUGUGUGGCUGGUGACGAGGAGACCUAUGAGGUGUUUGCUGAGCUCUUUGACCCUAUUAUCAAAGACAGGCACAACGGCUACGACCCCAGAACCAUGACACACCCCACUGACCUGGAUGCCUCCAAGAUAACCCAGGGUGUGUUUGACGACAAUUAUGUCCUUUCGUCCCGUGUCCGGACCGGCCGCAGUAUCCGCGGGCUGAGCCUCCCCCCGGCUUGUUCGAGGGCCGAGCGUCGUGAGGUGGAGCGGGUGGUUGUAACGGCUCUGGCCGGCCUGAAGGAAGACCUGGCUGGACGUUAUUACAGCCUGGGUGAGAUGACGGAGCGGGAGCAACAGCAGCUCAUUGAUGACCACUUCCUGUUUGACAAGCCUGUCUCUCCAUUGUUGACAUGUGCCUUUAUGGCCAGAGACUGGCCAGACGCCAGGGGCAUCUGGCACAACAAUGAGAAGACCUUCCUGAUCUGGGUGAAUGAGGAGGACCACACCAGAGUCAUCUCCAUGGAGAAGGGAGGCAACAUGAAGAGAGUGUUUGAGAGAUUCUGCAGAGGACUCAAACAGGUGGAGCAUCUGAUCCAAGAGAGAGGCUGGGAGUUCAUGUGGAACGAGCAUCUGGGCUAUGUCCUCACAUGUCCCUCCAACCUGGGCACUGGCCUCAGGGCAGGCGUGCACGUUCGCCUGCCAAAACUCAGCAAGGACCAACGUUUCUCCAAAAUCCUCGACAACCUGCGGCUGCAGAAAAGAGGCACAGGAGGAGUGGACACGGCUGCUACUGGAGACACCUUUGACAUAUCCAACAACGACCGUCUGGGCAAAUCUGAAGUGGAGUUGGUCCAGCUGGUAGUCGACGGGGUCAACUACCUGAUUGAGUGUGAGAAGAGACUGGAAAGGGGCCAGGACAUCAAAGUCCCGGCUCCCAUUGCUCAGUUUAGGAAAUAAAAGCUGGAAGCAACCUUGCUAUCGGUGUUAUAUGGCGGUCAGUUCUUUGCCUGGUGUUCCCUACCACUCCGAGCCUGUGGAGACAACUAAGAACGACAUCUGUCCACUACUGUAGAGGAUGUUUCUUUACGCCUCCCACAGAUUGCAAAUUUUUUGGGUAGCCUAAUCUUAGACAAGAUCUGCUGUAAGGGGAAAAUUCUACCUCAAGUUAAAAUCUUCACUGUAAUCCUGACUUUCAAUAAAGCCAACAGUAAAGAAAAUA